GCCGGACUCGGAGCCCGGGACGGCGAUCAACGUGCAGGCGGCGGUGGCCCGGGUGCACUACGGGGGCGCGGCGAGGCCGAAGGGGCGGGCGCCGGGCGGAGCCGCAGUCGAAGCCGGGGCGCCUGGAGGCGGUCAGGCCGUUCGCUCCGCGCGCACAGCGGUGCAGAGACCGCGCAGCGGGGACCUGGGCCGGAGUGCAGGCCCCGGGCUGAGGGGACCAGAGAGCAGUCGCGGCCCAAGUCGCCGGAGCCGCUCCGGGACCCUCCUCAGGGACGCCGAGGCCGGGCUAGCGCGGGCCAUGCGCGCCGCGCGCUGAGGCCACGGGAGGCCGCGAUGGAGGCUCCUGCGGUCGAGCCGACGACGCGGGGCUGCGGCCCCCCGCCCGCGCCAACCCCGGAGAGGAAGAAGAGUCACCGCGCGCCGUCGCCCGCCCGACCCAAGGACGUGGCCGGCUGGUCGCUGGUCAAGGGCCGCCGCGGCCCAGGCCCGGGCGCCGCUGCCGCCUGUAGCGCCGCGUCCUCGUCGCGGCCAGACAAGAAGGGGCGCGUGGUGGCCCCCGGGAUGCGGGGCGCGGGGGCGCGAGUGGCCGGGGUCCGCACCGGGGUCCGCGCCAAGGGUCGUCCGCGCCCAGGUGCGGGCCCGCGCCCGCCGCCGCCGCCGCCCAGCCUCACCGACAGCAGCUCGGAAGUGUCCGACUGCGCGUCGGAGGAGGCGCGUCUGCUGGGCCUGGAGCUGGCGCUGAGCAGCGACGCCGAGUCGGCGGCCGGGACCCCGGCGAGGGCCCGCACUGGGCAGCCUCCCCAGCCCGCACCGGCUGCGCAGCAGCCUCCGCGGGCGUCCGCCUCCCCGGAGGAGCCGUCGGUGGCCGCGUCGUCAGUGGACAGCAGCCGCCUGCCGCUCAGUGCCUCGCUCGCCUUCUCCGACCUCACCGAGGAGAUGCUGGACUGCGGGCCCGGCAGUUUCGUCCGAGAGCUGGAGGAGCUGCGCUCCGAGAACGACUAUCUCAAGGAUGAGAUUGAGGAGCUUCGGGCUGAGAUGCUAGAGAUGCGGGAUGUCUACAUGGAGGAGGAUGUAUACCAGUUGCAGGAGCUGCGGCAGCAGCUGGACCAGGCCAGCAAGACCUGCCGAAUUCUGCAGUACCGGCUGCGCAAAGCUGAGCGCCGCAGCCUCCGCGCUGCCCAGACUGGGCAGGUGGAUGGCGAGCUCAUCCGAGGUCUGGAGCAGGAUGUCAAGGUAUCCAAGGACAUCUCCAUGCGGCUGCACAAGGAGCUCGAGGUGGUGGAGAAGAAGCGGGCACGGCUGGAGGAGGAGAACGAGGAGCUUCGGCAGCGGCUCAUUGAGACCGAGCUGGCCAAGCAGGUGCUACAGACGGAGCUAGAACGGCCAAGAGAGCAUUCCUUGAAGAAAAGAGGAACCCGCUCCCUGGGGAAGACAGACAAGAAGUCUUCUGCACAGGAGGACAGCGCAGACUUGAAGUGCCAGCUGCACUUUGCAAAGGAGGAGUCAGCUCUCAUGUGCAAGAAGCUCACCAAGUUGGCCAAGGAAAAUGACAGCAUGAAGGAGGAGCUGCUCAGGUACCGCUCGCUCUAUGGUGACCUGGAUGCUGCCCUGUCGGCUGAGGAACUGGCAGAUGCCCCACACUCCAGGGAGACUGAACUGAAGGUACACCUGAAGCUGGUAGAGGAGGAGGCCAACCUCCUGAGCCGCCGCAUCGUGGAGCUGGAGGUAGAGAACCGGGGCCUGCGGGCUGAGAUGGAUGACAUAAAGGACCACAGCAGUGUCUGUGGGGCCCCUGAGGCUCGGCUGGCUUUCUCUGCACUGGGGGGCAGCGAGUGUGGGGAGAGCCUGGUGGAGCUGCGGCGACACCUGCAGUUUGUGGAGGAGGAGGCAGAGCUGCUGCGUCGCUCCUCAGCUGAACUCGAGGACCAGAACAAGCUGCUGCUGAAUGAACUGGCCAAGUACCGCUCUGAGCAUGAGCUGGAUGUGACACUGUCAGAGGACAGCUGCUCGGUACUCAGCGAACCCUCACAGGAGGAGCUGGCAGCGGCCAAGCUACAGAUCGGUGAGCUCAGCGGGAAGGUCAAGAAGCUGCAGUAUGAGAAUCGUGUGCUGCUGUCCAACCUCCAGCGCUGUGACCUUGCCUCCUGUCAGAACACGCGCCCCAUGCUGGAGACAGAUGCUGAGGCUGGGGACUCUGCACAGUGUGUGCCUGCUCCCCUUGAUGAGGCCCAUGAGCCCCACUCAGCCCGGCUCUGCAGGGCCCGGGAUGCUGAGGUGCUGCCAGGGCUGAGGGAGCAGGCCAUCCUGGUCAGUAAGGCCAUUGAUGUCCUGGUGGCCGAUGCCAAUGGUUUCUCAGCAGGCCUCCGACUGUGUCUGGACAAUGAGUGUGCUGACUUGCGGCUGCAUGAGGCCCCUGACAACAGCGAGGGCCCCAGGGACACCAAGCUCAUCCAUGCCAUCCUGGUUCGGCUGAGUGUGCUCCAGCAGGAGCUGAACACCUUCACGCGGAAAGCAGACUCGGUCCUCGGGAGCUCAGGCAAGGAGCAGCCAGAGCCCUUUCUGCCACUACCUGCCUUGGGCUCCCAGGGGCCCUCCAAGGAGAUCAUUCUGGCCAAAGACCUUGGCUUAGACUUCCAGCCACCUGACUUCAGGGAUCUGCCAGAAUGGGAGCCCAGAAUCCGAGAGGCCUUCCGCACUGGUGACUUGGACUCUAAGCCUGACUCCACUUGGAGCUUCAGGCCUUACCGAGCUGAAGACAAUGAUUCCUUUGCCUCUGAGAUCAAGGAGCUACAGCUGGUGCUAGCCGAGGCCCAUGACAGUCUCCGGGGCUUGCAGGAGCAGCUCUCCCAGGAGCGACAGCUACGGAAGGAAGAGGCUGACAGCUUCAACCAGAAAAUGGUCCAGCUGAAGGAGGACCAGCAGAGGGCACUGCUGAGGCGGGAGUUUGAACUGCAGAGUCUGAGCCUCCAGCGGAGGCUAGAGCAGAAGUUCUGGAGCCAGGAGAAGAACAUGCUGGUACAGGAGUCCCAGCAGUUCAAGCACAACUUCCUGCUGCUCUUCAUGAAACUCAGGUGGUUCCUGAAGCGCUGGCGGCAGGGCAAGGUUUUGCCCAACGAUGGGGAUGACUUCCUGGAGGUAAACAGCAUGAAGGAGCUGUACCUGCUGAUGGAGGAAGAGGAACUGAACGCCCAGCACUCUGACAACAAGUCUUACGCAGGGGACAGCUGGACUCAAAACACACCCAAUGAGUAUGUCAAGACGCUGGCCGACAUGAAGGUGACGCUGAAGGAGCUGUGCCGGCUGCUGCGGGAGGAGCACCGGGGCCUGACCGAGUUGCAGCAACAGUUUGCCAAGGCCAAGGCUGCGUGGGAGACGGAGCGGGCAGAGCUCAAGAGCCAUACCACCCAGAUGGAGCUGAAGGCUGGGAAGGGGGCCGGAGACCGGGCAGGGCCUGACUGGAAGGCAGCCCUCCAGAGGGAGCGCGAGGAACAGCAGCACCUCCUGGCUGAGUCCUACAGCGCAGUCAUGGAGCUGACUCAGCAGCUGCAGAUCAGUGAGCGCAACUGGAGCCAGGAGAAGCUGCAGCUAGUGGAGCGGCUGCAGGGGGAGAAGCAGCAGGCAGAGCAGCAGGUGAAGGAGCUGCAGAACCGCCUAAGCCAGCUACAGAAGGCUGCUGACCCCUGGGUCCUGAAACACUCAGAUCUGGAGAAGCAGGACAACAGCUGGAAAGAGCAGACAAGAAGUGAGAAGAUCCACGACAAGGAGGCUGUUUCUGAAGCUGAGCUUGCGGGAACUGGUUUAAAGAGGACCAAAUCUGUCUCCUCUAUGUCUGAGUUUGAAAGUUUGCUCGACUGCUCCCCUUACCUUGCUGGUGGAGAUGCCCGGGGCAAGAAGCUACCCAGCAGCCCUGCCUUUACCUUUGUAAAUCCCGAGCCGGUGGAUCCAGAGAAAGAAGCCAAGGAAAACCCUGGGCUCUCCUCACAGGACUGCAACCGCUUGGGCACCCUGGCCUGUCAGGACCCUGCUGGGAGGCAGAUGCAGCGCAGCUACACAGCUCCGGACAAGACAGGCAUCCGAGUCUACUACAGCCCCCCAGUGGCACGGCGCCUGGGUGUGCCUGUGGUCCAUGACAAGGAGGGCAAGAUCCUCAUUGAGCCCGGCUUCCUCUUCACCACAGCCAAGCCCAAAGAGUCAGCCGAGGCUGACGGGCUGGCUGACAGCUCCUAUGGCCGCUGGCUCUGCAACUUCUCCCGGCAGCACCUGGAUGGGGGUUCUGGGGGCAGCACCUCGGGUCCUGGGUCUGCCUUCCCCACCACUCUGCAUGACUUUGAGAUGUCGGGCAACAUGAGUGACGACAUGAAGGAGAUCACGAACUGUGUGAGGCAGGCCAUGCGCUCCAGCUCGCUGGAGAGGAAAGUGAAGAGCACGUCCAGCCAGACAGUGGGCCUAGCCAGUGUGAGCACUCAGACCAUCCGCACAGUCAGUGUGGGCCUGCAGACAGACCCACCACGCAGCAGCCUCCAUGGCAAGAGCUGGUCACCCCGCAGUUCCUCACUUGUGUCCGUGCGCAGCAAGCAGAUCUCUUCCUCCCUGGACAAGGUCCACUCACGCAUUGAGCGACCAUGCUGCUCGCCCAAGUAUGGCUCACCUAAGCUCCAGAGGCGAUCUGUGUCCAAGCUGGACAGCACCAAGGACCGCAGCCUGUGGAACCUGCACCAGGGCAAGCAGAACGGCUCCGCCUGGGCCCGUUCCACCACUACACGGGACAGCCCUGUGCUGCGGAACAUCAAUGACGGGCUGUCCAGCCUCUUCAGCGUGGUGGAGCAUUCAGGGAGCACAGAGUCUGUCUGGAAACUCGGCAUGUCUGAGGCCCGGGCCAAGCCUGAGCCUCCCAAAUACGGCCUUGUGCAGGAGUUCUUUCAUAAUGUGUGUGGCCGUGCACCAAGUCCCACCUUGGCAGCAGGGGAGGAGAGCUCUAAGAAGCCAGAGCCCCUCUCCCCAGCCAGCUACCAUCAGCCAGAGGGCAUGGCCAGGAUCCUGAACAAGAAAACAGCCAAGGCAGGUGGUGGUGAGGAGGCCAGAGCCACCAUGCUCCCUCAGGUGGGGAAGGAUGGUGUCCCACGGGAUGGAGACGGAGCCUCAGUCCUUCCCAAUGAGGAUGCUGUUUGUGACUGUAGCAGCACCCAGUCUCUCGCCGCCUGCUUCUCCCGGCCAUCCCGCUCUGCCAUCCGCCACUCUCCUUCCAAGUGUAGGCUGCACCCUUCCGAAUCUGGCUGGGGAGGGGAGGAGAGGGCAGCCCCCUCCAGUGAGUGACAGAAUAUCCAAGUCCCCACCUCAACUCACCCAGUCCCUGGAUGACAGGAGGGAACAGUGGAGAGGAGGUGAGGAGAGGAGGCGAGGGGCUGUUCCCUCAGCAACGCGGCUCCCUGGAGGGACAGCAGCUGUGCCACUGCCAGCAGAGAGCUUUCAUAUCAAGGUAAAGCAGGGUCUCAUGCUGACCACUGGGUGGUAAUCUCUGACUUCCCAAGGGAAGACAGUGAGCAGGAGAAGGACCACAGCUGGGCCUUGUAAGCUUCUACGGAGAGCUCAUCAGGACUGAUCCCUGGUCCUAAAGGAGACCUUUGUCUGCUUCUACCCGCACCCACUCCUUGCAAGAGCCCAGGAAGGGAUAUACCUCCAGCCAUGCCUGUGAGGAAAGGGCCUCACAGAGAUAUUACCUGCUGACUGCACCCUUUCCCUGGGAAGGAGAUGUCACUGAGAAGAACUGCCUUUGCUCUUGGACCCACCUUGGUGUUCCCGGUAGAGCAGGGCUGGACAUCAACACCAUAGCCUCCACCACCUUCUCUCCCUAUCCCUGCUGCCCCAGAUUGCUAGGAGUUUAGGGGGUAUGAGAGGGCAGUAGUCAGGGCCAAGUGUCUAUUUGGAAUCCUGGAGCCCUGGAUCUCCCUGCCCAUACCUGGAUGCAGCCCAAACUGGGAGAUAAGGUGGAAAUGUGUAGGGAAUUGCCUGCCUUGCCAAGGUGACUUGCAGGAACCCAACCUUCCCAGGAGACUCGGUGAGGCCAGAAAUAAGUAGACUCAAUCUCAAGACCUAGUACAUAGAUAAAUGCCUACAUGCCCACGCCUUGAUCUCUGGGGCCUCUUUCCCUGGUGCCCUGAAGGGGCACCGCAUCUCCACUGUGUUUACAUCCUGCAGCUGGUGAGAUAUUCCCAAUACAAGACGCCCAGGUGGUCAGGUCAGGCCAAUAACUCCAAGAACUCAGUGUCCCAGGACACAGUAGCAGACUGGGGCAUGGAAACACAUGUCUUGCCUAGAUUGUUUAUUUGAAUUUUUCAUACUAUAAAUAUUUAAGGUAGUUUACUUUAUUUUAAUAAUUUAAUUUACCCAAAAGCCCCCAAGUUAAUUUAUUGGAGGGUAAGACCUGUAUUUUUGCCACUGGGACAAUGUGGGGCCUCAAACCUCAUGAACAGGCGUGAAGUCCCCCCAUAUGGAUGAGGCAGCUCAGCUGCCAAGUUCUGGUCUCCUGCUCAGUUUGGGGGGCCCCUCCCCAGAGCUAGGGCCUGCAGCUUGCUCCUCCACCUCACUGACCAUUCAGCUUCAGUGUACUCCUUUCACUUAGUACGUGGUACUUGCCUGGCCUCCGUAGGUCCGUGUGUAAAUGCGCUGGACAGGGUGGCCGGCCAGACUGACGCCACCAUUCCCCAAACAUCCUCCAUUUCCCUUCUUGUUUUCCUCCCUUCUCUGACACCUUUCUCAAUAAGUCAAAUGCAGAUUACCAUGGCUCCAGCAAGAGCAUGGAGAUCCCUCCAACUUUCCCAAGUGAGAACUUGCAGGAAAACAGGAUGAACUUCGAGAAUGUUGUUUAUUGCAGCUUUGCACACGGACCUGAGAGUGUCUACCAGCCCGCCAGCCUUUUCACCAGCCUGUCUCCUUAGCCUUAUGGCCUCUCACUGCUCUUCUCCCAGCCUCAGCUCCACUGCCUGCCCUUUCUCACACCCGUGGGAACCACAAGUGCCGUCUGAUGGACUGAAGUGUGGCUCGCUGCAGUACAGUGAGGAGGGCCUCACAUUCCCUCCCCCUCGGUGCCAAUGAACCCAUUUUGGUUGCACACAUGUCCACCUUCCCUCUGUCAACCCACAGAUGUGCAAUCCUCCUGCCACUGCUGGGAACCAAGAGUCACAUCCCAGGAUGAAUAGGCUUGUCUGCAGAAUUCCCCCAUCAGAAAGGAUGCAAGUCAGCAGUGUUGCUAGUUUGUCCCCAGGAUGCAGAAGACGGCUUGCACUCCCACCUACUAGUUCCCAGUGUACCCUUUCAAGGGCAUCUGGACAGACACCCAGAAUCUUUUAUCUCCAUUCCCUAUGGGCAGCAUGUCAUUCCUGCCAGCUGCUCCUUCAUACUCUAGUGACUUGGAUGGACAGAGCGGGUGGCCAGUGGAGUUGUGGGCCAGUGCCUCUACAAUACUGCCACUUCCACCCAAGAGGUCAGGGGCCCCUCCACAUCUGUCUCCAGGUGAAGGGGUUCACAUAGGUCACAAGCCACAAGAGGCCUUCUGCCACCUCCCAGAGCUGCAGAAGGCCAGGGAGGCUGCACUCUUAGCCUUGGGGAAAAGUCCCGGUGAGACCCAAACCCCAAGGCCUGUGGGCCACUUAGCCUUACCAUCGUCCUCAUCUGAGAUUGUCAUGCUAUCUUUAUCGUCACAGCAUCUGGCCCCAAUGGGUGUUUGAGGUUCCAGGUCUUGGUUUUCAGCGAAGUCCCAGUUUCUCCUUCUUGGCAUGCCACUGUUCAAGGCCACUUGUCAAUGUUCCUACAGAAGCCUCUGGAUGUGGGGCUUGAUGGGAUUUUGAAAAUGUUACGUGUAAAUAUUGGUUUGGUUUAAUUUUUUAGCAUUUUACUUGGUAACUGGUUGUGUUUUCUUUCUUGGGGUGGGAGGGUUGGUUUGUAAAAACUCUCUACUCUUUUGGAAUGUGAUUUCUAAGUUUGUUUUGUCAAAUGCCUUUUACAUCUUGGUAACAUUCCCAAAGCAGAAACUGCCUGACCCACAGUGGGGUCUCCCUUAGAGAACUGAGAGUCCCAAGAUGGAAUGCUGCCCUUCUUCCCCUUUCUACUCCUCUCUACCUUUUGACUGCUACCCCUUCCACCUUCUCCUCACCUAAUCUUCUUCCUUUUGUCCUGUCUCUUAAACCAAAGUCCCAAGGAACCCUGGGGUCCCAGUCCCCUACAGACUGGUUGACUUGGAUCCAUGGGUUGGCAUCAGCUGGUUGGGGGAAAAGGUGUACUAUUUCUAUGGUUGACCCCACACUAAAUGACUUCCCAUUUCUUAUGUCUGACCUCUUCCCAGAGCCAAAUUAAAUCCUCCUGCAAUGGGCUCUGUAUUUGAAAUGAAAAUCAACUUUAACACAUCAGUGACUCUAAGGCCUGGAUGCACAAGGGAUCAGAAUCUAAUUCCUGUCCCCUGCCCAUUUCCUCAACAAAGGCUGACCUGUAAAAGGACUGUGCUUUAUGAACUCGAAAUGGGUCCCAUCCCUUGGCCUCCCUUGGGUUGCUCUUCUACCAGCUAGCCUCCAGGUCACAAAGCUGAGGGCUCAAAGGCUUGACCCUAAUCUUACAUUUCCAUGCCUAUUCAGCUCCAUCAUGCCCACUCCCAUGCACCUUUCAUGGAUUUAUCCCCUGUCUUCUUCUGUUGCCCAUGUAAUAUCCAGACUUUUCCUCCUUUUCCCUGCCCAUCCAGGAUGUUCCCCCUUCCAGCCUUAGCAGCCUCUAAGCUCCCACUACCUCUUCUUUAAUAAUAAUAAUAAUAAUAAUAAUAAUAAUAAUAAUAACAACCCCCUGUACAUCCUGCCCUAUGCACUUUACUAUUUAGAGAUCAUUUCCCAAUCCCCCAUCCCCUCCAUGUCUCUCAAGGACAACUGUAGGAAGCAGCCUUGGCAGAGCUUCAUGCGUUCAUUCUGUGUCCAGGGCCUCUGCAACUGAGCUACAUCCCCAGCCCUUUUUAAUUUUUUAUUUUGAAACAGAGUCUCAUUAAAUUUCCCAGGCUGGGCUUGAACUUGUGAUCCUCCUGCCUCAUCCUCCCAGAGUCCUGGAAUUACAGGCAUGCGCCACAACACCUGGCUGCAUGAUGCUAUAUUCUUAAAAAGAACCCUGUCCACCUCAACCAAUCUUGGUGGUUUUUUUGUUUGUUUGUUUGUUUGUUUGUUUUCCAAUCUUGGUUUUGAUCUAAUUAUCCUGAAGAUUUCCAAGAAUCAUCAGAGGCAAUUUAUAAUUUUAGUCAUAUGUGUUUCACAAUACAAGAAUAGAAAAAUGCAAAAAGUAGAAAACAACACAUACUAAAAUGAUUAUUAUUCAAAUCUACCUAAUUUAAUUCCUAUAACCAUGCAGUUAACUUUCACUCUUAGCUGGCCAAGGUAUUACACACCUGUAAUUCCAAUUACUUAAGAGGCUGAGGCAGGAGGAUCAUGUAUUUGACCCCAGCCUGGGCAAUUUAAUGAAACUGUCUCAAAAAAAUAAGGGCUGGGGAUAUAGCUCAGUGGUAGGGCACUCCUGGGUUCAAUCCAUAGUACUGAGAAAAAUUUUUUUUCUUUCCCUCUGUUUUCCUAGCAGCCAUGAUAAAAAAGAAACAAUCAGAAUUUUAUAACUUUCAUCAUCCAUUCAUGGGAAGUGGAAUGCUAUAACUUUUGUCUUUUGUUUCUAGCUUUUUUAGGGGAAGAGGAUACUGAGAAUUGAACCCAUGGCCUUCACACCGAGCCACAUCCCCAAUCCUUUUUUAUUUUGAGACAGGCUCUUCCUUAGUUAUCCAGUUUGGGCUCACACUUACAGUCCUCCUGCCUCAGCCUCCCAGAGUGUCAGGAUUACAGGCAUGUGCCAGCAUGCCCUGCUCUGGCUCCUCUUCUGCUUAGCUUGUUCGCACCAGCAGAUGGGCCAGCCCAUGGCCAGGUUUUCCUCUUCUAGAUCCCAGGCUUAUUUUAUUGUAGCACCAUCCCUCAGCCUUCCCACAGCAUCCUCCCCAGCACUGCUCCUUCCUGUGGGUUUUCCUACAACCUCAGCAACACACUCCUCCCUCCCACGGUCACAUUCAGGGAAGUACCCCUGGCUGCCCUGUGUAUUUAUUUUGUGUUUUCUCACACUAGAGUGGGCCCUUUCCCCGAUGUAUCAUGCAGCACAGCCUUGCCAGCCCUUCUCAUUGGGUUCACACUCCCCUAGCACCUCCCAGUGCAGAAAGACAUCCCCCAGGCCCACCCUCCAAGCCAUACUGUCUUUCUGUCCACAGCCUCCAAGUAGCAACCCCAGCACCUUCCACUGAGGAGAGUGUGGUGGGCAUGAACUUGGAUUCCCUCUUCCAGCCUCCUCUGCCCUCCCCAGUGCUACAUGGCCUUAGUUGUAAAGCAGAUGCAGCCCGACUUGGGUUCUUCUCUCUGUGGCCAUCUGUCCCACUAUCUGAGCAACUCUCUGUCCGCUCUGGGCCACCUUACCUCCCAACCUAACAAAACUUGCAGUUUGCAGAAUCCCCAGACCCAACAUCCACGGGACUGAAGACAAUUCUGGGCCUGAAUUCCUCCUCAGGUCUCCACCACUUGCCCUGCGCACUCCAACCUUACCCUCCAGAGACCCUCCUUGUCCCCUCAUCUAUCCCAUUGGCCCUGCUCCCCUCCCUUUUCACCUAUCACCAGGUCUUUGGACACCAGACCCCAGGGAUUUCUUCAACAUCCUGGAUGGACUAGGCAGUCAGGGACAGGCUGCCUCCUUUGAAGCUCCAUUCUGAAACCACCCAAGCCACUCUCAUGAAGAGGGCCCUCAACUAGCAGUCUGCCCCUAUUCUUGGCUGAUCUCAUCUCUGGCUCUCCCAACUUUAUGGUCCUCUGAGGAGCACUAGGAUGACCCUAUGGGCCCCAGAGGACCCCUCAGGUCCUGUAGCCCCAUCCUUUCUCUGCUUGGCCCUGGUAUCCUGGUUCCUCUCUCAGCUGUGCCAGUGAUCUCUGUGCCUUAGUUUACUUCUCUGCACAGGGGGGCGCUCACCACAAGACCAUUCCCGUUAGCUUUUUAGAUCCUUUGGUGCCUAUAAUGCUGGCUCUUGCCAGCAUGGCUCUGGCUAGGGGUACCAGGUUGCUGAGGAUGAGGUGACUAGGGACACCAUUCCAGACCAGUAGUUUUCAGAUUGUGUCCCAGUAGCAGAAUGAGAAUCUGACAGAAGUGCAGAUUAUCAGCCCUGCCCAAUAUCCACUGGAUUAGAACUUCUGGAGCAGGGCCUACCAAGUUAGGGUUUGACAGAGCCUUCCAAGUCAUUCUAAUAUACACAGGUUUGCCAACUGGACUCCUCCCAGUAUUGCCUUGGGAGGGGCUGGGGUUGGCCCAAGCCAAGAAUAAUGGAAAGCAUUUCAUCUGGACUUCUGAGAUUGGAGAAGCCCCCAAACAAAACCAACCCUCUGUGUCUUCUUUCUAAAAGCCAGAGAGGAUGCAGUUUUCCUCUUUUCUGCUCCUGGCUGGGUUCCAGCUCUAUUCACCUCUCCCACCUGUCUGGAUUUUCCAGACUGCUGCGUGGGUAUUAGGAGUAGGCAAGGGUGGGAGCCCUGGGGAGGCAGGUGGCAGAGGAGACUGUUUAUCCUUUGGGAACAUCAUAGGCCAGAUGGCUUCUCUUGAAAUGGAAAGAAAGCCAACUACACAAGAAGAGAAUCCUAAAUCUCCUUGUGCUCCCUUUCCUUUUCCUGUCUCUCCUCUUCCUCCCUUCCCCACCCCACAGAGAACUUGUAGACAGUGCCAAAAAACCAGCUCUGGCCCCCAGCCCCUUGGGAAGAGAGCCAGAAGUUGCCCUUCCUCAUCCUGCUCCCCCCAUCCCCUGCCAGUACUGUGAAGCCCCCUUCCUGCUCAGCCUGAUUUCCUGGUGAGGGUCCUGUAGUCAUGGGUCCCGGGGGAGCCCCAGGGAAAGGCCCUUGGGAGGGAAGGGACCAAGGGCAUCCUUGGGCCAACUGUCCUCCUCUUCCUUACACUGUUUGCUCCUCCUCACUUCUGUCUUCAAAAGGCUCCUUCCCAGGAUGGAUUGGGUGCUAGGACUACUGCAGUCCAAUCCACCAGCUCUCCCUGCCCUGUCUUAUUUUGACAUGAGAAUAACUGUACAGUAUGAACUUACAAAGUGUUUUUAAUGGUUGUAGAUUGGAAAUAAAGUAUGUCAUAUGAAUGGUU